AUGGAUUUCGUCAAGAACGCUAUGGGAGGUAACAAGGACAGCUCCUCCAAGUCCAGCGGCGGUAACCAGGGCACAGACUACGUUGACAAGGCCUUCUCCGCCGUUAACGACAAGGCUGGCACAAAUAUCUCCCGCGAUAACCAGGAGAAGAUCACCGACUUCGGCCGCAGCGCCUACGAGAAGAAAACUGGCAACCAGGUCGACCCCAAGAUCUCUAACUAA